AUGUCCCUGAAGCAAUUUGAUGCCCAGAGCUUCUCGACAGCAAUGUCUUCGCCAGUGGAAUCCCACUUCCUGGUGAGCCCCGAAAAGGGAGACCCCGAUGACCCUCAAAAUAUCGAUAAUUUGUCGUUGUUCAACAUUAACUCUGCCAUCGAAACUGGCGCUGUGCCCUCGAAAACUGCUGGACUCUCCAGUAUCAUUAGAGGCGCUGUUGCCGAUAAACAGAAAUUCGUAUCGUCAACCGCAGCAUCAAUUGCCUCUUCAGAAAACUUGGACUCAUUGACUAUCAAUAAUUGCCCCUUGAACAACAAUCCUAGACUAACCGCUGGUGGCACAAUUGAAAAUACCAAUCAUGCUGCCCAGAAAUUAGACAGAUUUGGGGGCUCAGGGAUUUAUGGUGAUUGGCCUUCAAGACCACUUUCCAGAUGCUCAACCAAUUCAGGAAUUUCUGUCACAGCUGCCAAAGAUGGGGUAGAAGGGAAGCCAUUAAAAAGACAUCAUCAUAAUAAUAAUAAUAAUAAUAACAACAACAACAUCAACAACAAUACCCAAAGCAUUCAUAAGCUUUCUUUAUCACCCAUUUCUCCUCAAAGCCAAGCAGGAUUGUUACCUUCCUAUAAAUUUGGUGACCCAGAAUCAAUUUCUUCAAGAUUGAAUUCGACAACCAAAUCGAGCAGUCACCAAACACCCAUUGAUAGAACUAAUGAUGAAGGCGUGGGAAUAACUUCAGACACCGAUACCGAUAACCCAAUGGUGUAUGAUGAUGACGUUGAUGAUGAUAAUGCUGCAGACUACGAGCUCAUGUCUGGUAUAGGAAAUGAAAACAGAAUGCUUUCUGACCACCCAGCCAUUAUAUUUACUGGCCAAGACGAAGAGAAAGACCAGGAAGAUGAUACCAAUUCUAUGAUUGGUGUCAAAAGCGUUGCCACUCCACCCCAAGUUUUCCUCGACACAAUUGGUACUUUGUCAGAUGAUGAGCUGACCACCAGUGAUAUUGAAAGCAAUAACAAUAAUGAUGUGAAAAAACAGCCUUCUGUGAGCGUUGCCGCUACUGCCGCAAAUUCUCCUCAAAGCUCACAUACUCAUAAUCAUUUCACAACUACAAAUAAUAAUAAUAAGAUUUUGAAUAUUAACGAAAGUAGCGUUAGAAAGCUCAGAAUUAAUGGCUCACCUUUGACAAAAAAUGAUUUGGCUUUUAAUAACACUAAUAGUAGUGACACCAGUUCUUUGACCAACAAUCAUGGUAAUCCUGCUACAUUCAGCUCAUUAAUUCAUAAGCACAGAAACAAGAAUGGCAAUAACAACAACACUUUAUCCAGGGUGAACUCUUUUAAUAAUAAGAGCAAUACUAACAUUUCCAAUCUUUCGCAAUCAUCAUCUCAGAAUCAAUAUUCGCAGAAUAUUAUCUCUUCAACAAAUAAUCAUUUUUCUAAUAAGCUAUCGUCAAAUUUGCCUAAUGAACCUCCUAUCACACUUUCUGAGAAAAUCAAUUUAUUGAGACCAAAAUCUCACACACAUAAGCUUAAUCCACAACAAUUUUUCAAAAGAAAUGCCCUCACCAGCUCGAUGUAUGCUUUGAAUACAUUAGCUACUUCAUCCAACAGAGAAGACCUUUUAACCCACUCUCAUAAUAAUAGUCUUAGUAAUAUUAGUAUGAUCAUGACUCCUUCAAGAGAUCACCAGAAUAUCAUUGUUGACGAUAACGAGUUGAAAAAACCAACACAAAAUCACCAGUCUCCUCAUAACGCAGCUAGUGUGACAGGUUCGCCUUUAAAAGUUAGUAGAGUACUGCUUGAUGAAAAUGAGUAUGACCAUUUUGUUCAAUCUGCUGCAUCAUUAGGCUCAACUUCAGGUCUUGGAAUUGCAGCGAAUCCUACUACUUCACCAUCUUUUGUUCAGCAACAGCAGCAGCCAGCGCCUCCAGUAUUCAACAAUUCCAAUCCAACAUUCAAUCGUCUUAUCCAUAUGACUUCUUUGAGUACUGUUGGUGGUAUCAGUGAUUUUGAAGAUGAUGAAAGCGUUUUGAGUAGCUACAGAUGA